AUGGAGCCUACAAACACUGGCUUGGACUUAGAAAAGGAGCUGACGUGCUCUAUCUGCACGGAGCUCCUUUACCAGCCCUUGACUCUCCUUGAUUGUCUUCAUACGUUUUGCGGUGCUUGCUUGAAGGAAUGGUUUACUUUUCAGGCCGCGACGGCCGAGCGGUCGCCUAACCCGCCUGCUCCCGGCACCAACAUCUUUACAUGCCCAUCGUGUCGAGCUACUGUACGAACCACUCAACAUAAUGCCACCGUCGUCACCCUUUUGGAUAUGUUCAUUGCAGCCAGCCCUGGAAAAGAUCGCUCUGCAGUGGAAAAGGAGGAGAUGGCCAAAAAGUACAAGCCAGGCGAUCAAGUCUUGCCAACAAUCAAUACUCGCCGAACGGCUGAGGAGCGACGCGCUGAUGCUGAGGAUAGAAGGUUGAUAGAAGAGGUUAGAGAGCUGAGCUUACAAGAAGCCGGUGUUUCUUCAGCACCGCCAAGGACGAGACGGAGGCGCGAAAGUCGAUCUGCAGACGACAGGAGAAGAUCAAGCAGAGACAGGGAAAGGGAUCAGGAAAGGGAUCGAAGUUUGGAUGGCCGCCACCAGCGAGGAAGCCGCCGCCCGCGAAUGGACGACGGAAGCCGGCAUAGCUCCGACCAACUGCCAGUGGAAGGGGAGCGACGCCGUCGACGGAGCGAGUCAAGACAACGCCAGAUCGAGCACCAGUCAUCCAUUCGAUCACUCAUAAGCUCCGGUGAUAUGAGCGAGAGGGAUAUUGAGCGGGAAAUAGAAUCAUUUGCAAGACAAAUUCAGGAAGAAGGGCUCCUCGACGGACUCGACUUGGAUAAUAUCGAUUUGAGUCGCGACGACGAGCUUAGCAGGAGAAUCACUGAGGCAUAUCGACGGCGUCAGAGAGAUCGAACACGCCAGGAAGCACGAAGAAACAACUACCCGCCGCUAACAAGACCUGUCGAGACUCCAGGGGCAGACGCUCGUAUGUUGGCACCUGAAGGAGGUCGAACAAGGGAAAGAUCACGACCACAUUCAAGGUCUGCGAGUGCCGCGAGCGCCACCAGCGCUGCAAGUCAAACUGAGGAACGGAGUCGUCCGCAAACGAACGCAGCAUCAGCGAGUCUCGAAGUUCAGGAGCCGGUACGGAGGCCAAGAAGAAGGACCGCAAGUGGAGGGCGUAGCUCGACCACCCCGAUAUUCCCGACCACAACUACAGCUGAGAAUAGGCCUGCUGCUCGGUCAUCAACAGACCUAGGUUCGAGAUCCCAAACUACUGAUCCUACCCAGUCCCGGCCUAGCCUCAGCGAAGGGCGUAGUACAAGUACUCCUGUCCACACUGCGCCGUUCCCAAAUCCUACGGAAGCUCCACCGAGUACCAACACUGGGAGCCUUUCAUUUGCUAGUCGCCAGGGAAAUGUGGCGAGUGCAUCAGUUCUUCCAUUGUUCUCUCACCAUGAUCCCGCAGCCGGUCGCUCCAACAGACCCCGUCCUGUCGAUCUUGCAAUUGUUCACCAGACAGUGACCAGCCCAAUCAGCAGCCCAACAGUUUCGGCGCACCAGAGGACAAGAUCACACCUAUAUCCGGAGCCUUCUGUCAGCUGCUCUCGAUGUAAUAGGUCACAUAUCGAAUAUGAGGUGCACUACAACUGCUCAAUUUGUGCCAAUGGACAAUGGAACAUGUGUCUCGACUGCUACCGGGCUGGAAAGGGCUGUCUCUACUGGUUCGGAUUCGGCUAUGGUGCCUGGGCAAAAUGGGAGAAGACGCGGCAACAGCAAGGGGAUCCUUCUCUGGCAAAGCCGCACAUGUUGACUGCGAGCCGCUACCGCCCUCCUCGCUCAGCUCCUGGUGGGGCUGAUGGACGAAAAACGCUUACGACAGAUGAUCCCAGGCAUAGAUUAGAAAGCGGCACGUUCUGCGCAAACUGUUCUGCUUGGACAAACGAUUGUUAUUGGCGAUGCAACAUAUGCAAUGAAGGCGAUUGGGGCUUUUGUAACGAUUGUGUGAACCAAGGGAGAUCCUGCACACAUACCCUUCUACCUCUAGCUCACGAAGCCACCCAGCCAAACCAAGGCCGAUCUGGCAGUCCUCCUAGGUCGCCAGGUCGGCCAACAGCAGCAACCAUACUCAAAGGCCCCAAUGCAUCCAAUAUUGGACCCUUCAAGCCACUGACCUUCACGACACGCUGCGACGUCUGCCAGGAACCCAUUCAACCGAACCAGGCACGGUAUCAUUGCUACCACUGCACAAGUACUUUAGUUUCAGAUGCUACGCCAGGCGAUUAUGAUAUAUGCUCCUCCUGCUAUGGCAAUCUAGUCACACAGCGACAAAUAAGCUCUGAGAACGGCCACUCUGGAUGGAGGAGAUGUUUGAAUGGACACAGAAUGGUGGUUGUCGCGUUUACAGAUGGGAAAAUCGGACUAUGGCGAUACAUAGCCCAAGACCUAGUGGGAGGCAGAGGACUCAAGUCAGAUGCGCCAGAAAAGCCGGAACACCGCGAACAUGGCCUCCUGAAAUGGGUCUGGCACGACAAUGAUCAAGAACUUGCCCGGCUCGUCACGAGAGAUGUAUCAGAAGCAGCGCCGAUGGAGAGCGGGUUCACUCAGACUUUCCCUCCUGAUGGUGGGGUAGGAAUGAAAGCGACAGCGAGAUUUGGAUGGUACCCGAAGGCAGGGGCCGACGAUGAGCUUCUCUUCCCACGAGGAGCUGAAAUAAAAGAGAUUGAAGAUGUUAACGGAGAAUGGUUCUUUGGAGCAUAUAUGGGUUCUCGAGGCUUGUUCCCAGCACCAUACGUGCGGUUGGAACAGAAUACUCCUUGA